UGGACGAUACGGAUGGACUUGAUGAGCAAGCCGAAUACGAAGCGUGGAAACUCCGGGAAUUAAAACGUGUCAAGCGAGAUAGAGAAGAGCGAGAGGCGCGGGAAAAAGAGAGAGAAGAGAUAGAACGUAGGCGACAGAUGAGUGAAGAGAUGCGAUUUAAAGAAGAUCUAGAAAGGGCGAGGAAGUCACGUGAGGAAAAGUCAAAAGGGAAAUACAGAUUUCUGCAAAAGUACUAUCAUAAGGGUGCAUUCUAUUUGGAUUCGGAGGAUGAUUUAUUCAAACGAGAUUAUACCGAGGCUACGCCGGAUGAAGCUGCUCAUAAGGAGUUGUUACCAAAAAUUAUGCAAGUGAAGAAUUUUGGUCGAGCAGGUCAGACCAAAUGGACCCACUUGGCCGACCAGGAUACCUCAACAAAAGAUUCUCCAUGGCGUCAAAAGUUAAAACGAACAAACAACGCGGUGGAUGAUUUUGGCAGAUCACGAAAGCGGAGGCCCAGAGACCGUAAUUGA